GCAACAUUUUGGAUGCAUAUAGCUUCAUCGAUUUGCACGUCGCGGGCUCUGAAUCACAGAGCAACCGGAGUGUGGUUUCAGUGCGAUGUAUGGACUGCCGUUCUCUUAUCAGCUGCCGGGGCAGAUUCCAUUACGGCGAGUCUAUGUCGAUGUGUUAGACUACGUUCCAGGCGGCUGUUUUCACCAUUACUCUACGCGAAGCUCAUGCGCAGCACGAAGACGUCCGCUCAACGUAUUUCCCCACCUUCUUAAGCCCAUAAAACUUGCCCAAGGAUAUUUCUCUCCUUGUGUUGGAACUAGAAUCAAACCUACCCUUGUUCAUUCUCAUUUGCUUCCUCCUUUGUUGGAUGACGGCCAUGGGUGUGGUGGAAACAAUAAUGGGGGUUGGAAUAGUUCAUACCGUUUUGGGGGUUUUGGGUGGUGGCAGGAUGGCAGUAAUUCUUCCCCAGGGUGGCGCAAUGCCUUCCUUGCUCUCGUCCUUACCUCCGUUCUGGGUUGUUUCUGCCAUUUUCAAUUGGCCGCAGCACUAGCACGUAAUGGUAUAAACUCUGAGUCUGUUUGGGAAGUAAGAGGAGGUAAGCGAAUCCGCCUCAUUCUCGAUACGUUUAGGGAUGAGUUCUAUGUUGCAACUGGCGUGCCGUCGUCUCCAUUAUCCUUUUCCUUUGUCAAUUUUUGGCUUCGUUGCAGCGAAAUAUUCAAGCGUUUGAUGCUUCCGGAGGGUUUUCCAGACACUGUUACCAGUGACUAUCUGGAAUAUUCUCUUUGGCGAGGAGUUCAGGGCAUUGCCAGCCAAGUUAGUGGGGUUCUUGCUACUCAGGCACUGCUUUAUGCUGUUGGAUUGGGAAAAGGAGCUAUUCCGACUGCUGCUGCCGUGAAUUGGGUACUGAAAGAUGGAUUUGGAUAUCUGAGUAAAAUUUUACUCUCAAAAUAUGGACGGCACUUUGACGUCAAUCCAAAGGGGUGGAGGUUGUUUGCUGAUCUUCUGGAAAAUGCUGCCUUUGGGAUGGAAAUGUUAACUCCCGCAUUUCCCCUUCAUUUUGUCGUCAUUGGUGCUGCUGCGGGGGCUGGACGAUCUGCAGCCGCCUUGAUUCAGGCUGCUACUAGGAGUUGUUUUUAUGCUGGCUUUGCUGCUCAAAGGAAUUUUGCCGAGGUGAUUGCCAAAGGUGAAGCACAAGGAAUGGUGAGCAAGUCUAUUGGUAUGUUGCUUGGCAUUGCAUUGGCUAAUCGUAUAAGGUCCUCAACAUCUCUUGCUCUUGGUUGCUUUAGCGUGGUGACCUUAAUCCACAUGUUCUGCAAUCUAAAAUCAUACAAGUCCAUUCAACUAAGGACAUUAAAUCCUUAUCGUGCGAGUUUGGUCUUCAGUGAGUAUCUUUUGAGUGGUGAAGUGCCUUCUAUUAAAAAUGUGAACGAUGAAGAACCUCUGUUUCCUGCUGUACCAUUUCUUAAUGCAAGGCUUGCUUGUGAUAAGGAGCCAAAAGUGGGUUUACUAUCUACUGAAGCAAAGGAAUCAGCAGCUAAUAUUGAAAGGCGACUGCAAUUGGGAUCUAAGCUCAGUGACGUGGCGAGGUGUGAGGAGGACGUUCUUCAACUUUUAAGUUUGUAUAAAAACGAAAACUACAUUCUGUCGGAGCACAGGGGAAGAUAUUGUGUGAUGCUUAAAGAAAGUGCUUUACCAAAAGACAUGCUGAAGGCAUUGUUUCAUGUGAAUUACCUGCACUGGCUAGAGAGAAAUGCGGGAAUAGAAGCAAGAAGUGCGGCUAGUGACUGCCAACCGGGGGGAAGGCUGCAGAUAUCUCUAGAGUAUGUGGAGAGGGAAUUCAUUCAUGUGAAAUAUGAUGGGGAAUUGGCGGGUUGGUUGACUGAUGGCCUUAUCGCAAGGCCCUUAAAUAAUAGAAUUUGCCUGUAGUUGCUUCAUAGGGACAACGAGUUGCUACACUACCAAAGCUAGCUAGCGAGGACAUCUCUAAUAAUACUGGAUUUUGAAUAGUAUUUGAAGUGAUAA